UAAUAUUCCAAAGAUGGCGGCAGUGCUGUCAUCUUGUGCGUGCUUUUUACGUCUUAAAUAUGGUCCUGAUGAGUUAGAACAGUUUCAAAGAAGCAAAAAAAUUGAUAAAAUGUUAGAAGAAGACAAACAUAUUAUCCGCCGAGAAGUUAAACUACUUCUUCUAGGAGCUGGUGAAAGUGGUAAAAGUACUUUUCUAAAGCAAAUGAAGAUUAUCCAUGGCCAUAAUUUUGACGAGGAAUCAUUAAUAGAGUUCAGAAGUGUUGUUUAUCAAAAUAUAGUUAAAGGAAUGAAAGUAUUAGUAGAUGCAAGAAACAAGCUGGAUAUUCCAUGGGAAAAUGUAUACAAUUCGCAGAAUGCUAGUCAUAUUUUAACGUUUGACAACAGUAUGAUCUUGGAUUCACAGACAUUUUUAAAGUUAGCAAAUAUAGUAAAAGAACUAUGGCAAGAUAGAGGUAUAAAAACUGCCUUUGAUAGGAGGAGAGAAUUUCAACUGGGAGACAGUGUACGCUAUUUCUUUGAGAACUUAAAUAGGAUAACAGCACAAAAUUAUCUUCCUUCAAAUCAAGACAUUCUUCAUGCUAGGAAAGCCACUAAGGGAAUCAGUGAAUUUCUUGUCCAUAUCAAUACCAUCCCAUUCCGUUUUGUAGAUGUUGGUGGGCAGCGUUCUCAGAGGCAAAAAUGGUUCCAGUGUUUUGAUAGUGUAACUUCUAUCCUGUUCCUAGUAGCAUCUACAGAAUAUGAUCAAGUACUUUUAGAAGACCGAUGUACCAACCGCCUUGCGGAGUCAAAGCAUAUUUUUGAGACUAUUAUCAACAAUAGGUGCUUCUCCGAAGUGUCGGUUAUUCUUUUCCUUAACAAAACUGAUCUUCUUCAGGAAAAACUAGAAAAGAAAGAUUCAGAUAUUUCUCAUUACUUUCCAGAGUUCAGUGGAGAUCCUCACAAAUUGGAAGAUGUGCAGAUGUUCAUUCUUAGUAUGUUUGACUCUGUCAGGAGAGACCAGAAGAAACAACUCUUUCAUCACUUUACUACAGCUGUGGACACAGAGAACAUCAAAGUUGUUUUUAAUGCUGUACGAGAUACAAUAUUGCAAAAGAACAUUACCCAGCUAAUGCUUCAAUAGUUGUUUCUUUGUAUAGACAUAAAAUCAUGGUCUAUUCAUGUUGAAUAUUCAGUAUUAUAAAACAUAUAUAAAAAAUUCAAAUAAUUAAUUUAUUAAGCUAGAAAAAGACCUGCAAGAACCGAUCACCAUAGUUUUUAAUGUUUAUCUACUAAGCUGUUCAAAAUUGUUAUUUACUUGCACUCACAGACAAUUUAAGAAAGAAUAAAGAAGUAUUAAAUUUAGAUUUAAUAUACACAACACCUGGGAUUUUUGCAGAAAGUAGUACAUAUAAGAGUAUUAACAAAUCACCUCAGUUUUAGUAAACACAGCAAAAUUACAUAUACAUAAUGGAAGUAUUGUAAAUGUGUGGAGUAAAAAUAUUGGCUUAAUUUAUAAUAAUUAUUAUCAGUUUGGUCUUUACUUCUAGAAUAGGAUCUACAUUCUGCCACUGGUGAAAAGCUACAAAUAUUUUAUAUGAACCCCUUUAAGAUUUAUAUGAUAUCUGAAUUGAUCCGAAUUUAUAAAAAUUGCAUUAAUAUUACUCAUACUCCUCAUGAACCAUAGAUUAAGACCUGUACAUAGUUUUGUUUACCAUUUUAAGAUGUAUGUAAUACCAAUUGUAUGAUUGUUACUGUUACUUAGGUAUUAAACAUACUGUUUGCAUAUGUAAGUUUUUGUACUGCUGUACUAGUGAUUAAAAAUGUACUUUAUAUGACCACUCGCAAGGAAGCUGUUCCAUUAAUAAAAAAAAUGCACAUGCAUAUGUAUGUCACUUCUGUGGGAGCUACACCUACAUUUACUACAGGGAAACGACUGUGCAUGUAUGUCGAAGCUACUCCUACAUUCACUACAGAGGAAGAACUAACUUCACACAUAUUUAUUAGCACUUGUGUGGGAGCUACACCUACAUUUGCUGCAGAUGAAGAACCAUUCAUGUAUAUUUAUUAAAACACAUUUGCUACAGAUGAAGAACUCUGCACGUUUAUGUUUAUUAACAUUUGAGUGGGAGCUACAGUACACUUACCCAUGCUACUGAAUAUAGAACUGGACAUGCAUCUUUAUUAAUUUCUUUGCCACUGAUGAACAACUGUGUGUUUGUUUCUUGGUAUGUUUGUGGGUGACACACCUAUUUGUGAAACUGAUGAAUAUCUACAUAUUUAUCUGUGGCAGGACAUGUGGGAGAGAUGUACUUUUAAUACUGAUGAAGAGCUGCAACGUGUGUUGCCACUUGCAUUACAUGUAUGUAUGUUAGCACAUAUGUGAAAGUUAUACUUACCUGAGCUACUGAUGAAGAACAUUUUGUGUAUGUGUUAAAUCUUGGUUGGAACCUUAUCUCUAUGUACUAAAGAACUACACAAGUGUGCAUGCACUUGUGCAGAAGUUGUGUUGAUGAGCUACUGAUUAAGACCUAUCUAUGUGUAUGUAUGUUAGCACUUGUACAGAAGUUAUAUGUACUCUUUACAUGUACCUGAGAAACAGAUAAAUAGUUGCAUUGUUAUUGGUUCUAUGUUAAAUUUAAUGCCUGAUUAAGACCAACAUAUUUAUAGUUUAUGUAGAGCUUAAACAUUUACAACUUAAACUGCUUGUAUAUACUUUUUGUUACUAUUUAUAGUAUAAACCCACAGUAAUCUGUAAAACUGAUGAGAAUUGCACUUGAAUUAUUGUUAAUGUUUGUUGGGGUCUACUUUAACUUGAUUUAUCAAUAAAGAAAUGCAUGUGUGACUGCUUCCAGUUAUACAAGAACUGCGUUGUUAUGUGCUACAGGAAGAAUUGCAAAUUUUGACUGUUGCUUCAUGUCUUCAACCCACAUUGACAUGAAUAGUGAAUGUACAGUUAUUAUUAUUAGUACUUUUUUGAAACUAAUAUUGACCCUCGUUUUCAUUGAGGUACCACUAAUGGAAACUGUACUCAAUUGGCUGAUACAAUAAAUUGUUGAGGAAAGUGAAGAAAUCCUAUUUGUUGUACAUAGGAAUGUGUCAGACAAAGUUGUCUUUCAAAUGGUUAAAUACUAAGAAUUUCCUAUGUUUGAAAGUAUUAAUGGACUUUUUUUCCAGUGAGUAAUUGUAUUUAAUUGGCUAAACAUAUUACAGUUAAAGGUAAAAACAUUUGAAUUGUGCUGUAUGUUCAAACAACAAUAAUAAGUAAGCACUAGUCAAAUGUACAAUAUGCUGAGGAAGAAUUUGCUCAUAUGAUAAACAUAAACCAUAUUAUUGUAAAGUCUAUCUGUUGGAAACUUAAAUCAGCAGAGUGUCUAACUUUUCAUUGUUUUUUUAUUGUAUGUUUACUUUCAGUAAAUUGUGUAAUAUUUUGGCAUCUAAUUGCAUCUCUUCUGUAAUACAUUGAUAAUGUUUAUUACUGUUGUCAGCCUCUCAGACAGUGUAUUGUUGACAUGUGGCUAUUCAUAUUGUGUAUCACCGUGCUCUCUAGAAAUUCAGAAAACCGAGUGUUCUUCAGGUUUAAUGUCGCUGACUGAAGAGUGAUUCAUCUAUAAAUUUCUGUAAGUAAAUAAACAGGAAGUUAUUCAAUUAGUCAAAAUAAAUUGUGUUACAACUUUUCAAGUUGAAUAUUUUAUCCCAAAGUGCAUCUUUCUGGUUGUAUUUUAGGUUUAGCAUUUUUAGGUUGUUUUAUGGACUUUUGUAAUACAUAUUUUGUACCACUUCUUCCAUGAGUUGACUCUCAAAAUAUGAUUCCAAAACUGGUGUUUUUGUUUUUUUGUCGCAUAAAAAUGUAUACGUUUUGUGUCCAAUUUUGUAAACAAAUAGGAUUGAGUGAAGGAAGAGGUAUACUGAUGUGCUAUUGUAUUUACUUUUAUUAGCUUGUUUUACAAUUUUCACUUUCUGUUUAGCUUGAGAUACUUGGAAUUAUGAAUGGUUGAAUUAGAAAAAAAAGAAGUAAUUAGAUGUAUCUUUACAGUAUAGCUGAUAUAACUAUAUUAUGGGUAAUUAAUUAUACAUGUGGAAGUUCUUUUGAAAGCUACCACUAGUGGUUUCUUUCCAGUAUUGCGAUGUAUGCUUGUAAUGUAUUUUAUGGCUAUAAUUAAGCUGAUAUAUUUUUAUUAUAUAUAAAGCAUUUUGUAUUUGCUGUAUAGCUUGAUGAACUUUAUCGUGUGUAAGGAUAUUUGGAAAAACUUACACAUCUAAAAAAAUGUUGUUGUUGGUGUGUGCGCAUUUAUACUAAAUAUGUAAGAGGGUAUUGAAGUGGUUUUCUGUAAAAAAAAUGAUCCAAUCUACCAUUUUUCUGUAAAUAGGCAACCAGGCAUUUCUCAUAUGAAAUGUUAAAUGAACAAAAAAAACCUUAGUGACAUUAGUUUUUUAAUGUGUUUUUACAGGUACACAUGGCUCAAUAUUUACUGUAAUGUAAUCCAGUUUAUUAAAAAUAUUGUGGGUAACUCAAAUGCGAUCAAAUGUAUGAACAAUAAAAACAUGAUUUUUUUGUAAGUCAGCUCAGUUGGUGUGGCAUAGUUAUAAAAAUGGCAGCAAAUCUUGAAGAGAAAUUUUGUAAAUGAAACAUUUGAUGAUAUUAAAAUUUCUAGUUUACAUAAUUUAUUUUAUUAUUUGAUAUUUGCUUUUGUUUAUAUAAUGCUAUGGUACAUAAAAUAUAUGAUAUCUACUUAAACACAGUAUUAAUGGUCUUUGGUUGGACAAAUUUAAAGGUGUGUUGUAGGUGAAAUGUAACAGACUUUUAUAGUAAAUGCAAGACAACUUUAAAAUACACCUCAUUGUGGAUACAACUACAGAAAUAAGUAAAAUAUUCUAAUGUAAACCACAAUUAAUAUGAAAACUACACAGUAUUACUUUCAUUUUUUUUUUGAAAAUUUAUAUUAAAAAUAUGUUGUUUGAACUUAACAUUUUUCUUACGAUGGACGAGGCACAUUUUACAAGCAGAUCUUAGUUAAUACCAUAUUAUUUUGGCUAUUAAUAAUGCAUAAUAACUUACCUUUUGCACCUUGGUUUUUGAGGAUACUGCAGUUGUUUUUAACCCAUGCUUGUAAUCAACCAGUCUUUAUACAUAUCGACUUUUAUCAUUUCUGGUUCUUUCAGAUUUAAACAAUUAUUUUUGGCAAAACCAAAUGUCUGAAUCAAGCAGUUUUAUAAAUGUUUACAAAAACAAAACUUGCUGUUUCAUCAUUGAGACAAGUAUAUUAUUAUCGUGACAUGUUUUCCAAGAUGAAAAGAGGAUGUUCAAAAAAUAAAAAUGAUUGAAUAACAUGGUGUUUGGUUGUAGGCAAAUGUAUAUUUUUAAUUAAUAUAAUUUCUAAAGUGUUUACAAAUCCAUUAGUAGAGAAAUGUACUAUUCAAGUUUUAUUGUACUGACCAGAUAAUGGAUUGUUUGCAGCUAAGUUUAUUGUUGUUUGUUGAUGAUGUGAACAGUAUUUUUUUUACAAAUUGUAAUAUUUUCCAAGAUUAUGUGAAUGCAGAUAAUCUAAUAAUUCUAAGAGUUUAUAAAAUGAACCUGCAAAAUCUUGAUUUUUAAAAACCUUUAUUUAUUUAGUUUUGCAGUUAUUUAUACAGAUCACUUUUGAGCUAGGUUUUGAUGACCUAAAAUAAUUUUCUGUGUUUAUUAAUAUUAUAAUUUUUGUUUAAAAGUUAAUAGUUUUAAGAAUAUGCUGAUGUAUAAUAUACUCUUCUGUGUCACUGACUAUUUAAAACUGUUACUUCUUUCAAAAGUGCCUUCAGAUGAUUUUGGCAAAAAAUUAUGGCAUUUCAAUAUUUACCACUAUAACAAUGGUCAGUAUAUGUCUUUAAUGAUGGCAUAACUUCACACACAUUAAAAAAAACACACACUUAAUCCAACUUUUAAGGAUGAUGUGCAUAUCACCGAGGAUAAAAACUGUUGUUUAGUCAAGAAAAUAUUAUACAGUUAAAAGAACAGUGUGUUGUUUAUAUAAAUAUCAUGGUGAAAUGCAUUGAAUGAACUAGUGUAUGUAAUUUAUAAAUUACUAGUACACUGUAUUUUGAGACAAGUUAUGACAUCCACAGAAGUAAGUUACCUCAAAACUGACGAACAACUGUGCAAUUAAUUAGUCACAAUGACAUAACAUUCAAUAAUGUGCAUACCAGUGAGAGAUUGUUUUAAUAUUUCCUAAUCAGUAUACAGUUUCCAAAAUGAUGUAUUACUCUCUGUGGUUAGCAAGAUGCAACAAAAAUUACAUCACUUGCAGACUCAGAGUCAACUUUAAUGGUUAGAUAUAUAUAUAUAAAUUAUAAGUUUCUCUGUCUUGGAAGGAAUGAGUUGAAGUUAUAUAUAUUUUAAAUCCAGUGAUCCUAAAGAAUCAUCAGUAUUCCUUACCAUAAGAAUAUAAAACUGAUAUAAUUCAGAGAAAACUAAGAUUAAGCAAGACUGCUCCCUCUUACUAUAUGCAUGAGUAAUAAAACAAUAAAUUUCCAUGUGUUCUUGUUUAGCACCAGUCAGAAAAAUAUUGUACUUAUUUGUAACUACAAAUACCACAUGCUCUUUGUCUUCCGUGGUGGUGCAUAUUCUGUUUUCUAGUGUAUGAAUAAUGUAAUAUUUGCUCUGGAAUAAUAUUUCAUUAAACCUUUUUCUGUUUUUA